UGUCCCUCACGCGGACUAUAGAGAGCAAUUUUUUGCCUCGACCAUCACCCUCCAUAAAAUAUCCAGAUUUUUGCCCGCUACAUGCACAAAAAGAAUGGAUCCGAAUUUGUGUCUCUUUCCAGAAAAUAUAGUCGGAGAUGUUCGAACUCCACUAUUUAUACUGAAUAGUGCAUUUGAUUAUUACCAGGUUCGAAACCGUUUGGUUCCUGAAUCGUCUCCCGAUUGGGAACGAUGGAAAAUGUGUUCGAACGAUCUGAGCUUUUGUACGGCUUCUGAUAAACAGUUGAUAACUGAUUUUGGUGAUGCAUUUUUCAAAGGCGUUAGAGAAAUCCUCAAAAAUCCUUCAGGAGGCAUGUUUAUAGAUGCAUGCUAUGCUCAUUCAGUAUCAAAUGAUGAGCACUAUUGGUCACCCAAUUCCACUGUAAAAUUGGGAAAUUUGACCAUAUUGGAGGCCUUUGCUAACUGGUAUUUCGAUAGAGAUUCAGUCACAUUGGUUACUUCUUCCAAAUUUUUUGAGAUUUGUACUUAUUGAAGUAUGUAAUAGCUAGUUUUAGUUGUGCGAG